AUGACUGAAAAAGAAACGCCUGUCGUUUUGAAACAAGCUCCAAAUAAGUUGUUCGUAGAUGACGUUGUCGAAGAAGACAACAGUAUUGCUUUGAUGCAUCCAAACAAAUUGAGUGAAUUAAAAAUCUUUAUUGGUGAUAUCGUACUUGUAAGGGGAAGACUGCGAAAAAUAACUUGUUGCAUCGCUAAAGCUGACGAAACUAUAGAUGAAAACAAGAUCAGACUGAGCAAGGUUGCGCGUACGAACGUACGCGUGAAGAGUAGCGAUGUCGUGUAUGUGAAUGUUGCAGCAGAAGCUUCAUUCAUAAAAGUAGCACACAUUCUGCCGAUUGCAGAAACGAUUGAGGGUGUUACUGGCGACUUUUUUGAUAUUUACUUGAAACCUUAUUUUAAAGAUUCGUUCAGACCACUGCACGAAGGAGAUAUUUUUGUCGUCAGAAAUAAUUUCCAUCCCGUCGAAUUCAAAGUUGUUUCUGUUUCGCCCAACCCGUACGGUAUUGUAAACAGAGAUACUUUGAUCAAAACAAACGGAGAUCCAGUGCCUCAGAAUUCAGAAGAAUCACUUGAAGAAUUGUGUUAUAGCGAUAUUGGUAGUUGUAAAAAGCAGAUCAACCAGAUUCGAGAAAUGAUUGAACUGCCACUUAGACACCCUAAGGUUUUUAAAACUUUGGGAGUAAAACCGUCUAAAGGUUUAUUGUUAUACGGACCGCCUGGCACGGGUAAAACUAUGUUAGCUCGAGCCGUUGCAAAUGAAACCGGAGCUUAUUUCUUCUUGAUUAACGGGCCAGAAGUCAUGAGUAAAAUGUCUGGUGAAACCGAAUCAAACCUUCGAAGAGCUUUCGAGGAAGCGGAAAAAAAUGCGCCUGCAAUCAUAUUUAUCGAUGAAAUUGACAGUAUUGCCCCCAAGAGAGAUAAAACUAAUGGAGAUGUCGAAAAAAGAGCUGUUUCGCAACUUUUGACAUUGAUGGAUGGGUUGAAAACACGAGGACAUGUAGUCGUCCUCGCUGCGACUAACCGGCCAAACGCAAUUGAACCUGCGUUAAGACGUUUCGGACGUUUUGACCGAGAAAUAGAAAUCGGUGUUCCCGACGAAAGCGGAAGGUUCGAUAUUUUAAAGAUUCAUACGCGUAACAUGAAACUCGCCGAAGACGUUAAAUUGGAAGCUAUAGCUGAAAAAACGCAUGGUUACGUUGGAGCAGAUCUUGCUCAACUCUGUUCUGAAGCUGCUCUUUGCUGCGUUCGAGAAAUGAUUUCAGUCAUUGAUUUCGAAAGUGAUGAAAUAGACACGAUGAUACUAGACACAUUCAACGUUAAUAUGGAUCAUUUUAACCAAGCCUUGAGCCUUACUCAUCCGAGUAGUUUGCGUGAGACAAUCGUUGAAGUUCCUAAAGUUAAGUGGUACGAGAUAGGAGGACUCGAGAGUAUCAAACAAACGCUACACGAAAUGAUUCUACAUCCAAUGACUUAUUCCAAAAAGUUCGAAGAUUUUGGUUUAAGUCCCAGUCGCGGAGUUUUAUUUUAUGGACCACCAGGAUGUGGUAAAACCUUACUAGCUAGAGCAGUGGCGUCUGAGUGCUCUGCCAACUUUAUUACGAUCAAAGGGCCUGAACUUUUAUCUUCGUGGUUCGGAGAGUCUGAAGCCAACGUACGAGAAAUCUUCGAUAAAGCGCGUUCGGCCACACCUUGUGUUUUGUUCUUCGAUGAACUCGACUCGAUCGGUAUUCAGCGUGCUUCUUCAGCAAACAGAACCGGAGUUGAAGACCGUGUUAUGAAUCAGUUGCUUACGGAAAUCGACGGUAUUGCUGUAAAGAAAAACGUCUUUUUUAUUGGAGCGACAAACCGUCCAGAACUUUUGGAUGAAGCGCUUCUAAGACCUGGGCGAUUGGAUCAAAUCAUAGAGGGAUUUUCUGGGGCAGAUUUAGCGGAGCUGAUUCAGCUCGCAGCGAAAUCAGCUAUCAAGGAAAAUAUAGAAGAAGAACGAAUGUGCUUGGAAGCCAAUGGUGUCGUCGAGAACACUAGAAACCAAAUAACUAAAAAAGACUUUGAGAUUGCGUUUUCACAAGCUCGUUGUAGUGUCAAUUCUGCGGAUUUGGCUAAAUACGAAAAUUUCGCCAAGAAAUUUGACCCAGGAUAUAAGAAGAGAAGGAAAGUCGACUAA